AUGGCCGACGAAGAGGGUGAAAUAAUGGGCUCCUUUGAUGUAACAGCCCUGUUCACAUCUACCAACAUCAACCAGCUUUAUUUGAAAAUGCGUUGGUCGGGUAUCGUUUACCAGCGUGUGGCAGCAUGUGAGCCUGCGUUCAUCACAGUUAUCUUGGUUCCCGUGGCCAUCUCUGGGAAACAAACAUGCAAACUGAAAGGAAAGUUUAAUUUAAAUAGUUUUAAAAUGCCGGGUGAUGUGAUAAUUGGAGGGAUGUUUCCUAUUCAUUACAGAGUCGUAUCGUCAAAUUCUUCGUCCAGCACAUCACCACAGUCUUCGGGAUGUGAGGGAUUCAACUUCAGAGCUUUCCGCUGGGCCAGAACAAUGAUCCAUGCGAUUAACGAAGUCAACCAGAAUGAUUCAAUUCUACCAGAUAUACAGCUUGGAUAUACAAUCUAUGACUCUUGUUUUACUAUUUCCAAAGCUGUUGAAGGAACGUUGACAUACCUGACUGGACAGGAUGAAGCUGUACCCAACUACAGGUGUGGCAAUGGAGCUCCUUUGGCAGUGCUAAUAGGAGCUGGAGGGUCAGCUCUCUCUAUAGCGACUGCUAGAAUCCUGGGACUGUAUUAUUUUCCUCAGGUGGAUUAUUCAGCAUCUUGCUCAGUUCUCAGUGACAAAUUUCAGUUUCCAUCCUUUAUCCGGACCAUCCCAAGUGAUAUUUUUCAGUCCAGAGCAAUGGCAAAGCUUGCGAUACACUUUGGAUGGACAUGGGUGGGAACAAUAGCAUCAGAUGAUGACUAUGGAAAAUAUGGAAUUAAAAACUUUAAAGAGGAAUUAGAAAAAGUUGGCGUAUGCAUCUCUUUCUCUGAGACUAUCCCCAAAGUUUAUGCAAGAGAGAAAAUAGUUCGAAUUGUAGACACAAUUGAGCAAUCAACUGCCAAAAUCAUUGCAGUGUUUUCUGCUGAUAUUGAUUUGAGCUCUUUAAUAGAAGAAGUCAUGCAACGUAAUAUUUCAGGAAGAACUUGGAUAGCCAGUGAGGCUUGGAUUAACUCUGCAUUGAUUUCCAAGCCAGAAUAUUCCUCACUUUUAGGUGGAACUAUUGGAUUUGCAAUACAACGAGCUCAUAUUCCUGGACUACGUGAUCACCUCAUUCAGUUAGAUCCAAGAAAUUCUGGAGAAAAACUGAUCACUGAAUUCUGGGAGCGAGCUUUUGAUUGCAUGUGGCCUGAACAUGGGGUGGAUGUCAGUAGAACGUCUGACUUAAAAACAACUGAGAAUAACAGAACAGAUGUAAAGAACAGAAUCCAUAUUAUUCCCCCACUUUCUCAGCAGCUCUGCACAGGAAAGGAGAAUUUGGAUGAAAUUGACAACACAUAUGUUGAUGUAUCUCAGCUGAGACUGACAUACAGUGUGUACAAAUCUGUAUACACUGUGGCAAGUGCCCUUCACAAUAUGCAUACAUGUAAGACUGGGGAGGGUCCAUUUGUUAAAGGAUCAUGUGCAAACAUCACAGAUUUUCAGCCUUGGCAGCUUAUGUACUAUCUGAAAAAUGUACGGUUUAAGAGCCUUCUAGGGGAAGAAAUCUAUUUUGAUCAAAAUGGUGAUAUCGAUGCUAUAUAUGAUAUCAUGAACUGGCAGAGAACCUCCGAAGGACAUAUUUCUUUUAAGGUAGUCGGCAGUUACAAUGCAACUGCACCCCCAGGACAAGAGAUGAUCAUCCGAAAUGACUCUAUAAUUUGGAAUGAUGAUCAGGUUACGCCUCCAUUUUCUGUAUGCAGUGAGAGCUGUCAGCCUGGUACCAGGAAGGGCAUUCGCCAAGGGGAACCUGUUUGUUGCUUUGACUGCAUUCCAUGUGCUGAUGGCGAGAUAACUAAUGAGACAGAUUCAAGGGAAUGCAUUCAGUGUCCUGAAGAUUACUGGUCCAAUGAAAACAGAGAUGAAUGUGUGCAUAAAGUGAUCGAAUAUCUUGGCUACAAUGAUCCAUUGGGAUUGGCAUUAAUAGCGCUAUCGAUUUUUGGGGCCUGUGUUGCCACAGCCAUUGCUGUUGCUUACUUGAUUCGAAAGGAUACUGCCCUUGUAAAAGCUAACAAUUGUGGACUAAGCUUUGUGCUGUUAUUUUCAUUAGUUAUAUGCUUUCUCAGCUCAGUUGUCUUUGUUGGUGAGCCAGUGGCAUGGUCCUGUAUGACACGACAAGUUCUUCUUGCUAUUAGUUUUGCUACUUGCCUUUCAUGCAUGUUAUCAAAGGCUGUUAAUCUGAUGCUCAAAGCCAGAAAAACCAAAGGAAAGUCACCUGAAGACACAACAGAAAAACUUUUCAGCCCUUUGCAGCAAAGAAUUAUUGCACUGAUCUUUGUUUCAUGCCAUGCUUGUCUUUGUGCAGCUUGGUUAAUAAUUCUCCCCCCAUACCCUGUCAAGAAUACACAGUCUCAAAAUAUCAAAAUAAUUAUGGAAUGCAAUGAAGGGUCUGUUGUAUUUCUGUGUUGUGUGUUAGGGUACGAUGCAUUACUGGCUGCUAUUUGCUUUGUUUUUGCAUUCAUUGCUCGGAAAUUACCUGAUAACUUCAAUGAAGCUAAGUUUAUGACUUUUGCCUUACUUGUUUUUUUUAUUGUUUGGAUUUCUUUUAUCCCAGCCUAUUUAAGCACUCGGGGAAAAUAUAUGGUUGCUGUUGAGAUGUUUGCCAUUUUGGCAUCUAGUUUUGGCUUGGUUGCUUGUCUUUUUGUUCCUAAAUGUUAUAUUAUCUUAUUGAAGCCAGAAAGGAACACAGAGGAAUUAGUUAGUGGCAAAACUGAUACAAAUGACAAGAGUGCACCACCAACGUCACAGUCAUUGACCACCUCAGGAAUAAGCACUACCUGUUCAUCAGUAACACUCAAUUAA